UGUGAACCCAGAGCGAGUGGCGUGUGCGUUGUGUGAGAAACGAAAUCAGGAGCUAAGCAUCGCUUUGUCCAUGGCAUCCUCUGUGAUGGCUUCCGUGUCUCUAAAACCAGCAGCUUUCACCAUUGAGAAAUCGGCAGUGAGAGGCCUCCCUUCCCUCUCAAGGUCGUCUUCCUCCUUCAAGGUCGUCGCCAGCGGUGGCAAGAAGAUCAAAACCGACAAGCCCUAUGGAAUCAACGGUGGCAUGAACUUGAGAGAUGGUGUUGAUUCUAAUGGCAGGAAAGGAAAGGGGAAGGGUGUGUACCAAUUCGUGGACAAGUACGGUGCUAACGUGGAUGGCUACAGUCCUAUCUACAACACAGAUGACUGGUCUCCAAGUGGUGAUGUGUACGUUGGAGGAACCACAGGGUUGGCUAUAUGGGCAGUGACACUGGCAGGUCUUCUAGCAGGGGGUGCUCUACUUGUGUACAACACCAGUGCCUUGGCACAAUAGACUAAUAUGUAAACAACCCACUCCUUAAUCCUUGUCUCUCCCUUCAGUUAAGUGUUCUCUGUGUGGGCCUCAGGCUUGGAUGAUUCUCUACUUUAUGAAGCCUACUUACUUUUCCCUUCUUCA